AAGGAGAAGAGAAGAAUGGCAUUGGGAUUGGGUAACGCUGUUGCUCUUCCUAUCUCAAACUUGAAACCUUCUCUAAAGUUAUCUUCUUCUUCUUUCACCAAACUCUUGUUCUCUUACUCUCGCCCCUUUUCCUGCAUCAAUGUUUCUCCUCCAAUGCCAAACCGCAUUCCCACCUUGGCAUUAGUUCGAGCCUUUUCCUCUUCCUCUUUCAGGUCUUGCCUCGAAGACACCAUCAAAAAGACCGUAGCUGAGAACCCAGUUGUCAUUUAUUCCAAAACCUGGUGUUUCUAUUCCUCUGAGAUGAAAAUCCUCUUCAAAAAACUCGGCGUCGACCCUCUUGUCUUUGAAUUAGACGAAUUGGGUCCUCAAGGGCCACAGUUGCAGAAGGUUUUGGAAAGGAUCACAGGGCAACACACUGUGCCAAAUGUAUUUAUUGGUGGCAAACGCAUUGGCGGCUGUACAGAUACACUGAAGCUGUACCGGAAAGGAGAACUAGAACCUUUGCUAUGAGAAGUGAAUGCUAAAAAAACUGAGAGCUAAGCUGUUGACUGGCAUCCUAAAGGGAACAUGAUCC